AUUUCACCGUUAAAUCUGCAGAUCACGACAAGACAUGGCCGACGAUGGCAUGAUCCUCAAUCUGGCUGUGCCGUCUGCUACAGACUUACAGCGGACCUUCAACAGCAAGAAUGUCAAAGGCAAAUGGACUCAGCGACUGAAAGUCAAGCGUACGGUCCAGGGUCGCAGUCGCGCUUCUGCUUCAAAGAAGUCUGCUACGGAGCAGAGUCAAGAGCCUUCGGGCGAUCCGAAAAGAAAUCCAAAGGGAAGCGGGAGCAAUGGUAUCAGAGUUACUAGGAAAGAGAUACCAGUGAGAGAAGAGUCCAACGGUGACGUUCAACUUCCCCAGCUCCAGCAACAACACUACGAUCGACCAUCGCGACCUUCUCACAGCUCCUACGGCGGUCAACAUAGUUCUGGAUCUAAGGGUCAAGUGAUCUCCUCACUAUUUUCUUCAAAUCCUACCACUUCAGCUGAGGACGUUCCAGCUGCCGAUGAUAAAUAUGAAGAGCGGCAAGAUCCCUCGAAUGCUCCUCUAAAGGGCCCCGCAAACUCAUUCGCGGCUCUCGGUCUUCAUCCGACUCUCACGAACCAUCUCACCACAAAAAUGAAGCUCGAACAUCCUACUGCGAUUCAGAGAGCGGCAGUGCCGGUGCUUCUCGAAAGCAGCAAUCCUCGCGACGUCUUCAUGCAGGCGCAGACUGGAUCAGGAAAGACCUUGGCAUACGCUCUUCCAAUCAUCAACGCUCUACUGGCGUGCCCGGAGAAGAUAGACCGAGAGUCGGGACUGUUUGCUAUAUUUAUUGCGCCUACACGUGAACUUGCAAAUCAGAUCUUGGGUGUCCUCGAGGAGUUGGUGCGUUGCUGUCACUACAUCGUUCCCGGUAUAGUAAUUGGUGGAGAGAAGAAAAAGUCAGAAAAGGCUCGUUUACGGAAAGGUGUCAAUAUUCUUGUCAGCACGCCGGGCCGCUUGGCAGACCAUUUUGAGAAUACUGAGGCCAUGCACUUGUCUUCCGUUCGCUGGGUAGUUCUCGACGAAGGUGAUCGCAUGACCGAGCUGGGAUUCGAAGAGACAAUCACUAAAAUUUUGGGGAAGAUCAAAACCAGCUCUAGGAUUUACCGAGACAAGUUCAAAACCCUUCCUCAGAGGAGAGUCACGGUUCUUUGCUCUGCUACUCUGCGAGAAGACGUACAAAAGCUGGGCGAGGAAUCCUUGGUUGAUGCUCUUCACGUCAAUGCCGGCGAAGAAGCUAAAACUGAAGAUGGUGAAAAUGGCCAGACGAAGAAGGAAGAUGAGUUUUCUGCUCCGGAUCAGUUACAUCAGGAGUAUGCGGUUGUUCCUAUGAAGCUGAGAAUGGUGUCUCUGAUGGCGACAAUCCUCAAUAUCCUGAAGUCGAAGCCAGACGCGCGAAUAAUGAUCUUCAUGAGCUGCUCGGAUUCGGUCAACUUCCAUUUCUCAAUGCUGACUCGAGAGCUUGCACCAAAGGAAGAAGGAGACCAUGAAGAUGACACACAAUCCAGUACGAAGGACGAGAAGACUUCUCUACCGUCCACCGUCUUGCAAUCAUUCCUUAAGAAUGUUCUGCCAACUAUCUACAAGCUUCACGGUUCCCUGCCUCAACCUCUUCGGAAAUCGACCUUGUCCGCAUUCACAAAAGCUAGCACAGGCGGAAUUCUGCUUUGUACUGAUGUGGCAUCAAGAGGCCUCGAUCUUCCGGCAAUUUCGCAUGUCAUCGAGUUUGACCCCCCUUUUGCGCUUGAAGAUCACUUACAUCGCGUUGGCAGAACUGCGAGAGUGGGUCAUGAGGGAUGGAGUACUCUCUUUGUUCUUCCGGGAAAAGAAGAAGGCUACGUGAGUAACGUUCUCAUGCCGCUGCAUAAGUCUGCGAUCGUAAAGCGUGAAUUUAGCACAGUCCUGAGUCAAGCAUUUGGAACUGGUAGGCCGGCAAAGAAGGGACAGCCCGGAUGGAUGGAUAUCGCUACGGAAACUCAACUCCAGGUUGAGCGAUGGAUUUUGGGCAGCCAAACCAAUGCAGCUCUUGCAAAGAGUGCAUAUGGAUCCCAUAUUCGUGCAUACACCACCCACUUGAGCACAGAAAGAGAUUUCUUCAAUGUCAGGGACUUGCAUUUGGGACAUUUGGCGAAAAGUUUUGGUUUGCGGGAAACGCCAGCAGGAAUGGCGCGGUCUGCAUCUAGAGGGUCUACAAGCGAGGGUGACAAGCGGAAACGUAACGGCACUGAUAACGGACCCGAUUACGCGAAGAAGAGAAUGUUGAAGGUAGCUGAUUUGCAUGCCAAUGUCGGUGCAGACGAGUUUAAUUUGGGAUAAAAUCGCAUGGAG